AUGAAUUUCGAUGGCAACGAGUUUGCCAGCAUCGACAGGAAAGUUUCAGAUAAGGCCAGAGAGCGUCCAAAGGGCAACACGGCCUUUGCCAAGGGUCAAUUCACCAAGGCUGCCGAGGCCUAUACGGACGCAAUCCGUGCCAACAUAUACGACCCUCGCGCCUGGGGAAACCGUUCGAUGGCUCACUUGAAGCUGGAAAAAUGGGAAGAGGCCGAGCUCGACGCACGGAUGGCGAUCAGAAUCGACUCUCCCGACAAGACGGAGGCCAACAUGGUCACCUAUACCUACCGCCGUGGCACAGCCCGUUACCACAUGGGCAAUUUGGAAGCGGCUAAGAAUGACCUUCUUUUUGCGUGGUCAUUGCAACGUACUCACAAGGACGUCAUUGCCAGGCUACUGCAAGUAAAGCAGGCCAUUGCCGCCAAAGAGCGUCAACCAGUUGUGAACCUCCCUCCACCACCUGUCCUCAUUGAUCACUCGGCUUUCCCACACAUCAUCGAAUCCAUCGUCGCCAAUGCCGGACCGGAGCUGCGUGUCACGCUUCGCAACACAUGCCGCGGUUUCCGCCACUUUGUCUACAGCUUGGCCACCCACAACGAACUCACCAGUGGCACGGACGAAGAGGGACUUUACGUCCAAUGGUUACAGCCAGCACCUCUUGGCAAGGCCUUUCGGAUUCACAAGAGCGACAUGCUGCCCAAGCUCACCGUACAAGAAGACCGUGAACGGAACGCCCUCAUUUCCAACACCAUCGCCGUUGACCAUCACAUGAUUGACAUUUGCGGCGUUAUUCCAAGGCUGUUCCUCCGUGGAUCCGUCAUCGAGCUCAAUACCAAUGUGCUGCGUAUCCGGUCGGACAAGGACGACCAGUACGAACCCGAUGAUCUCAACUUGUUUUUCUUUAAAAUUGGCCACAAGGUGGUCGUUUUUCCGCCCACAGUCGAACCAUCCCACGCCGACAUUCCCCUGCCUCCUCUGAGUCUCGCCCUGCCAAAGCAUAUCCAACGUCUGGUGUACCCUCUACUCAUCCGUGAAGACGCCGAGGGAAACCAGUUUCAAUUCUUCACUCGCUUUAUGCCAAAAUUGAUUUCUCGUUCGAGUGCUGCCGAUGUCCUCCGCCUCCCCCUCGACAAGGUCACGGUGGUCGAACCGGAGGUGGUCAUAAUAUGCGCCACCGCCCAGAUGGCCAAAAUCACGCCCUUCGUGGGACCCAUCGUUCAGAAGAUGGAAGACCAACUCCGUUUGCUCAUUGUUGGUGCACUGUGGUGGGAGGCUCGCUGCGUCACGGUUGUCAACUACAAAAGUACAGCUCCACUGUGGCGUGUUGGAUUACUGGAAGAGAGCACGGGAACGCACGCGGAAGAUGAUGAAGUGGAACAGCAUGAAUUGUUUGGCAAACCCGCCGUCAUCAAGUUUAUGGAAACCAUGGCCGAAACUCGACUCCGAAACCACGUAAUUGGUGACUUGGAAGACUCAUGGGCAAUGUACAAUGACACGCCUUCGAGCCAGCGUGGCAACAUUCCACCCAAACCAAGCGUCGUGGAGACCAAACUCAAAUUCGUCACCGAAGACGAGUAUCGUGCCACACUCAAGCCUGGAGAGUGGGAAGAGGAGACUGUCGAGGUCAUGCCUGGAUUUGAGUAG